AUGGAGUUUGAGCAGAGAAAGACAACUGUUUUGAUGUUUCCAUGGCUGGCUCACGGCCACAUCUCGCCAUUUCUGGAGCUUGCCAAGACCCUUUCCAGAAGAAACUUCAUGGUUUACUUGUGUUCAACUCGCGACAAUCUCGGGUGCAUCCGGAGAAGAAUCUCAGACAGCCAUGUCUCAAGCUGUAUCCAGCUGAUAGAGCUCCAUGUUCCAGCCCUUCCUGGCUUGCCUCCCAACUGCCACACUACCAAGAAUCUCCCUCCCCAUCUCAUGCCCACUCUCAAGAAGGCCUUCGACCAGUCGGUAAAAGGCUUCUCCGACUUAUUGAAAGCCCUCAAACCGGACCUCCUCCUCUACGACACCAUUCAGCCCUGGGCGCCGUCCGUCGCUUCUCGGCUCGGUAUCCCCGCCGUUGCUUUUGUGAGCACCAGCGCGACGAUGACAUCCCUAAUGCUUCACCGUCACAGGGAUUCAGGGAAAGAAUUCCCAUUUCCAAAGAUACAUCUCCAUGAUUUUGAGGACGAGAAGCUUGAUCAUUUGCUGCAAUCUUCGGAGAAUUACUACAACCAGAAGAACCGAUUCGUGGAGUGCCUGGAACAGUCGUCCGGGAUAAUCUUGAUCAAGAGUUCCAGAAAGAUUGAAGGGAAGUACAUCGACUAUCUGUCCGUUCUAUCUGAGAAGAAGAUUGUUCCUGUUGGUCCACUGGUUCUUCAACCCUCUGCCAACGAGCCGCAUCGAUCCAGCAUCCUGCAAUGGCUUGAUAAGAGAGAACACAGCUCCACAGUGUUUGUUUCCUUCGGAAGCGAGUACUUUCUGACAAUAGCGGAGAUGGAAGAGAUGGCCCAUGGAUUAGAGCUCAGUGGAGUGAACUUCAUAUGGGUAAUUAGGUUUCCGGCGGGGGUGAAAAGUAGGGUUGAAGAAGCCCUGCCACAAGGGUUUUUGGAGAAAGUUUCAGGAAGAGGCCUGGUUGUCGAAAACUGGGCUCCCCAAGUUCAGAUCUUGGAGCAUCCCAACACAGGAGGGUUUGUGAGCCACUGUGGAUGGAGCUCGAUGAUGGAGGGCAUCCACUAUGGCGUCCCGAUCAUCGCCAUUCCCAUGCACCUCGACCAGCCCGUGAACGCCCGGCUGUUGCAGGACGUCGGCGCCGGCGUCGAGGUGAAGAGAGAUGAAAAUGGAAGUCUUUUUAGGGAGGAGAUAGCAAGAGUGGUCAAGGAGGUGGUGGAGAAGGAAACCGGCGAGGCUGUGAAGAAGAAGCAGAUAGAACUGGGAGAUGCCAUUAGAAUGGAAGAACAGGAGGUGGUGGAUGGAUUGGUGGAUGAAUUGUUGCAGCUUUGCUUGAAGAACAAUAAGAACAUGAUGAUGAUGAUGAAGCAGAAGAAGAAGACGAAGAAGGACACAGAUCCAUGGUUUGAUGCAUUGUAUUUUGGGGAUUGGUGGCAUUACCUCACCAAUAUCUUCACCUUUCAUCGGAAGGAACAACAGGAUGGUUUGAAUAUGGAGAUUGAAGUUGAGAUGAGAUCAUCGUGA